AUGCCCGGAUACACCUCCGCCCUCCGGCUCGCCCCGGGCAUCGUGAUGCACUGGAACGCCAACAACAACGGCAAGUCCAUUCCGCUCGCCGUGGAGGCCUCGGGCGCCGCGGCACGCGGAUGGUUUUCCGUCGCGUUCUCCUUCAGCGGGCUCAUGGCGCCGUCCGUCGCCGUCGUCGGGAAUCCGGGGAACGCCGUCUCCGCGUACCACAUGGCGAGCUAUUCCUCCGUCGCGCCCGCGCGGGGGGUCAACCUAGGCUCGAAGAGCUGCGCGACGAGCGGCGGGAAAACCGUGAUGAAGUUCACGCGAGGCGUGGGCGACGGAGGGUCCGUUCCCGUGCGCGUGAAGGGCAUUAAUAAGAUCAUCUGGGGUUACUCCACCAACGGCGGCAAGUCCGUGGCGUAUCACGGCUCCAACAUCGGCAGCACGCAGGUGAACUUCGCGUGCAACGGCGCGUCGCCCGGCAAGCCGUCCCCCAGCCCGCCGGGCAAGAAGCCACCGCCCGUGCCCGUGGUGCCGCCCUCCCAGCGCUCCAAGCUCUGUCCCUGGUCGACGCUCCCGGGGUUCACCUACAUGCUCCAGCUCAAACCCCUCCUGCUGGUGCACUGGCGGCAGGUGAACAAGAACGUCAUCGAGCUGGCAAUGGAGGCCAAGCCGGGCAGCGGCGCCAACAACGGCUGGCUCUCGCUCGCCUGGUCCAGCAACGGCAAGAUGGCGCCGGCUGACGCCAUCAUCGGUAACCGCAUGGGCGGCACGCUCGGCAGCUACCUGAUCACGGGGUACACGAUGCAGUCGCUGAAGCCCGCUUCCAUCCCCUUGGGUUGGAACCCCACCGUGUUCAAGAGGGCCACCGGCUCCACUGUCAUGAUGUUCCGCCGUGGUGCCAGCGGCGGCACUAUUCCUGUGAAUCCAACCGGACUGAACAAACUUAUCUGGGCCCACUCCCCCUCCAACAGCAAGACUCUGGCUUUCCACGGUGACAGCGUUGGACGGGCAACCAUCGACUUCUCUUGCAAGGUGGCCCCUGUCUCGAGUGGCGGGGAGGAUGAUGAUGAUGAUGAUGGUGAUGGUGGCAGUGAUGAUUAG